AUGUAUCAUCCUCACAACCAAUACCAGUCACUACUCAGGACUGAAAAUAUUGAGCCACUAGUCAGAACCAUCGAGCAAUUGAAUACCGAGGUGGAAAACAACGAAGCAGGCCUUGUGGAAUUAUGCCGUAUGCUUGACAAUGAUUUCCAUUUUCCCACAAAUGUGACUACUAUGAACAAGACGAAUUCAAAGGAGGAUCUUGAUGAUGGUGAUGGCGCCUUGUUUUACCUCAUUGAACAAAAAUACAACCUACCGCGAUCAGUGGACGACUCGAGAGAAGGUAGGUUGCAAAACUUGCGUAACCAGGUUAAUCACUUGAUCAAGCUUCGAGAAACAAAAAUUAAGAAAAAUAAGGAAUUGCUUCAAUUGGUUCACGAUUACGAAGACGAAGUUAUGCUUCAUGUCUUACCCGAAUUGAGAAAGAAGCUUGAUUGCCCCGAGGACAAAGAUGUGAUUCUCAAACUCAUUGAUCAGAAGUUUCAACGAGAAGCGGACUUGUUUCGAAAGUUCAUUGACAAAAUGAAGUGA